AUGUUAGAGGGGACAGCUCGUUUGAAUGUUCUUUUUUCUCUGGUAUCGCGUUAUGUUUUUUCUUGGAAAUUAGAUUUCGACAAGGGGAGGAGUCCUAUUUCCAAUUUACGGGAACUUUUUUUGCUUGAAAAUUUGGUGGUCGACGAAUGUGAAGGAGGGAAAGAUUUUCGGCAUCAUGCAACUGCAAUAGAAAUGCGCGCAGAAUUUAAUAAAGUACCAUACGGUUCAUACAGUGUUCCCAGUUCAACCACUGGUCAAAGUUCACAUCAAACAGGCGAAAACACUAGCAGUUAUCCCAAAUCAAGUGCAAAUAUUCAAAAGCCGUCUUUAAAUCAUUCUCAUGACAAUAUUUGGGCAACAUCUGUGCAACAAUCACAUUCCUAUCAACCGGAUCGAUUUCAGCAAUAUGGUCGAGGUUAUCCUGACGAACGUACUACGUUGAGGGGCAUAUCACCUACCCAGUUUUCUCCCCAUCCUUCUAUUAAAGAAAUUGCACAGUUACCAAAAGGAACACAAACUGACGAAAAUUGGCUGGAAGUUUUACUUGAUGAAUUGGGAUGUCGUAGUUCGGUAAUCACUAUUGCAACUUACAAUUUUCAAACAAUCGGAAAAAACGCAGUCCAGAAACUAGCGGAAGUGAUAGAAUUAUUAGUGAAUGUACGAUCACCAAAUCCAGUUUUGCUGUCAGCACUGCCACAGAUUGUUGGCUCGUUUUAUGGUGCUCCAUUAAAUCCAGAAAAAGAUCUGGAUUAUCGGAGGACAUGGCGAGAAAUUGUGCGAGAUCACUGUAGUGCAGAAAUACUCAUUGUGCCGUUACCGAAUGGCGAGGAAUUUCAACAUGCUCCGACUAUCCUUAUUUUUCAAUACAUAUUUGUCCUUAAUUUUCGUUCGCUUUGCGUCCUGGACAUGAGCGAAUAA